AUGGAGCAGGAACAACGCGAGUUUCUCGCCAGAGAACGUCUGGAUGCCUUGGAGCGCGAGCGCCUGAGGGAACAACGUGACCUGGACGCACGUCGCCAGAUCCAGGAACUCACGGAUCGCUUGGUCCACGCUGAGGUCGCCCGGGGAGAAGCGGAACGCCGUGCGCAGGACGUGGAAGCUUGCGAGACCCAGAGUUCCAAUGAAACUCAGGGGAUGACCCAGAGUAUCACGGAAGCUGUACGUCUCGAGCGUGAGCGCCUGGAUGCCGCCUACGCCGAGCGCUGGCAACAGCGCGAAGUCGAAGCCGACUCGGAGCGUGCGCGCUGGGUUUCCGAGACCUAUGCGGGCUGGAAGGAACAAAUGUCGACUAUGGAGCAGAAGAUCCAAGAGCUCGAAGCGGAAAAAGAGCGAGAGCGGGAGUCUUCCGAGAAUAUCCAGCGCUUCCACGCCGGCCAAGUGCGCGACCUUCGUGCAACAUUGGCCCAAGUUCAAGCGCGUCGCGCAACCGUCGCCCCUGAUUUGGCAACAAAUGUGAGGUCGUCAGUGGCUCAGAACCCUGAAGUUGCAACCCGACCCCAAGAAUCCAGUGGCGUAAUCAACGGAAACGCAAGUGUCGCAGGCCAGAGACGGGAGACAGCUGAUCCGAAGAACGCUUCCGAAGUCGCCGCCUCCCAGCUAAGAGCGACCCUCGCGCAGACUUCCGCCGACACUUCCGGCAGAAUUGCGCGCGGCAAGCGGGGACAUGGCGCUACGGAGACCAAGGUGACGCAGGAUAUCAAGCUGGAGCCUGUGACUCUGGGGAAGACGUCGGAUCCCAGGAGAACAGUGACCUCUAAGGCUUCGCAGGACUCUAAAACAGACUCCAAGCGCUCUGCGCCUAAGAAACACCAGCAGAAGAAGAAGAAGCGUCAAGAUGUCAACCCACCCUCGGACUCAGGCCCAAGCUCCGAUUUCAGCGAUGAUGACUCGUCCUCUGAGAGUUCGGAUGACAGUUCGCACGAGAACCCUGGGGUUAACCUGACGACGGCCUCUACGGCUCAAGUUGGCACUACGCUCCUGACGUUCCGACCGUACAUCAACUCGAAUACUCUGGGUGAGUUCGAUACUAAGGCGUCACUCAGAGAACGCGAGCAUUGGUGGGAGCGUUUUGCGAACAUGGCGGCUCAGGGAGGUUGGUCUACGAAGAUGCGAAUUCAGGAACUCAAGCUGAAGCUCUCAGGAGCUGCGCGUGACUGGUUCAACCAGUUGUCCAAGCACACUCAGCGUGACUGGAAGGAGUUGGCGUCUGCAUUCAGGAAGAAGUACUGCAAGGCGCGCUCGUCGUACUCUGAACGCUACUUCACGAUGGAGAUGAAGAACUCAGAGAGCGCCCUGGAUUUCUUCUAUCGUCUGAACUCCGCCGCUGGGAAGGCUGACAUUGACUUUCGCAAGUCUUUGAAGCGUCUGGAGAAGCAUAUCCGGAGGUCCUCAAGACGUCGCUGCAAGGCCAGAGAUUCAGGAGUAUCGCUGAUCACGAAACUCAGGGACACGCUCCUCAAGACGUCGCUGCAAGGCCAGAGAUUCAGGAGUAUCGCUGAUCUAGAGUACGCUCUAGAGCAGGACGAAGAUGUCUGGAGUCGCAGUGACCAUGAUGCUCCGCCACCCAGAGUUCGUGACUUUCGUGCCGACAACAUUCCUCAGGGGCGUUUCAAGCCGAAGCGUGCAGGACGUGCGUACGUGACUAGGGGCGAUGUCUCUGACUCUGAGUCGGAUGAAGACCCUGAAAUUCACGCGCGUUUCCAGGAAAUCACGGACGAACCCAGAGUUUCAGCCCGAAGUGCGAGCGCGAAUUCAGGGUCAACUCGUGAGAUCUCUGGAGAGGAAGCUUCUACGUCUAGCGCUGGAAGCCUGGCGAGUAUGAAGGGUGCCGAGUGGACUCAGACGCUGACGAACGAGGUCUAUCGCGUGAUGGAUAACAUGGGAUGGCGUCCACCGAACGCCCAACCAGGACCGAACGCGAACUCUGGAUUCCGUUCCCCUCGCCGCGAGAACCCGAAUUGGGACAAGUUCUGCGAGAAGUGCGGUAAGUGGGGGCACCCAGAGGAAAACUGCUGGAAAGACGUGAAGUGUGAUCGCUGCCUGGAGACGGGUCAUCCGACUCACUUGUGUCGCGCGCAACCGUGCGAGAACUGUGACAAACUACAUCAUGAGAAACCGUGCGAAGACUGGAAGACACUGGAAGCUGUGAAGAAACUCGCCCACCAAGGUGCACUGAAGGACAUGCCGAGCCAAAUCCUGAAUAAACUCCUGGAUGGCGAAGCAAACUCUGGGAAGCCGUCAAACCAAUAA